UUCGUAGGUGGUGAUGCUCGUGGUCCUGGCUGUGCAGACGGGGUUCAUGUGCAAUGCGGCGAUGGAGUGCGAGGCGAAUAGACGCCAGUACGUUUGGAUGUCCUGGGGCUUCAGCUGUUUCCUGAGCGCGGCACACGUAGGGUUCAUUGUCACCUGGAUCGUCGCUGCCGGCACGAACAACGUGCGGUGGAUGACUAUAUGCGUCAUGGGCGUUGCGGUUCGUCUCGUGGGUGUCGUCGUCUACUUCACGAUUAACGUCAUCGUAGACGCCAAUACGAAGCCGACCAUUGCCGAAAUUUACGCCCUGUACGUUUUGCAUGGUGAAGAGCACAUUUCGGCUUCUCAUCAACUACCGGUAUAUCCAUUUCUAGUACUAAUGGCACUAGAGUGUUGGUUCCUAAGUGAAAUGAAGAAGUACGUGGAUAUCUGUACGGCGGCGGUUGCCGCCAGGGAGAACGCGGCUGAAGCCGAGAGAAAGAGCCUCUCUCACUGA